AUGGCCGGCGCGCAGGAGUCCCUCUCCCUGGUGGGCACGAUGCGCGGCCACAACGGUGAGGUGACGGCGAUCGCCACCCCGAUCGACAACUCCCCGUUCAUCGUCUCCUCCUCCCGCGACAAGUCCGUGCUGGUGUGGGACCUGCAAAACCCGGUCCACUCCACCCCGGAAUCCGGCGCCACCGCCGACUACGGCGUCCCCUUCCGCCGCCUCACCGGCCACUCCCACUUCGUCCAGGACGUCGUCCUCAGCUCCGACGGCCAGUUCGCCCUCUCCGGCUCCUGGGACGGCGAGCUCCGCCUCUGGGACCUCUCCACCGGCGUCACCACCCGCCGCUUCGUCGGCCACGAGAAGGACGUCAUCUCCGUCGCCUUCUCCGUCGACAACCGCCAGAUCGUCUCCGCGUCCCGCGACAAGACCAUCAAGCUCUGGAACACCCUCGGUGAGUGCAAGUACACCAUUGGCGGCGACCUCGGCGGCGGCGAGGGCCACAACGGGUGGGUCUCUUGCGUCAGGUUCUCCCCCAACACCUUCCAGCCCACCAUUGUCUCCGGAUCCUGGGACCGCACUGUCAAGGUCUGGAACCUUACCAACUGCAAGCUGCGCUGCACUCUGGAUGGCCACGGCGGCUAUGUUAACGCCGUCGCCGUGAGCCCCGACGGGUCGCUGUGCGCCUCCGGCGGGAAGGACGGUGUUACUCUGCUGUGGGAUUUGGCUGAGGGGAAGAGGCUGUACUCGCUGGACGCGGGCUCCAUCAUCCACUCCCUCUGCUUCUCGCCCAACCGCUACUGGCUCUGCGCUGCGACGCAGGACUCUGUCAAGAUCUGGGACCUUGAGUCGAAGCACGUUGUGCAGGACCUCAAGCCCGACAUCCAGAUCUCCAAGAACCAGAUCCUGUACUGCACAAGCUUGAGCUGGAGCGCAGAUGGAAGCACCCUCUACACUGGCUACACCGAUGGGUCUAUCAGGGUUUGGAAGAUCUCUGGGUAUGGCUACGCCGGCUAG